AUGUUCCUUAUUGGAAUCUGUAUCCAACCUCCUUUCAUCCAGGACCAAGAAACUAUAACCUUUUGUGCAGAGGUGGAGCAGGCAGCUCUUGGGGUGACCGUGAAUGUAAAGUCUAGAUCUGAGCGGAGUAACGUCUGCGAGUUCCACCGAGUGACACAUGAGCUGCGUCUGUCCCAGCUGCUUUACACAAAUGUUGGACAUCUCAAUGUGAAGAGUGGAGCCAGUUUACUCGCGUUCGCCACCAGAGGGAGCUGUGGGCUAAAGAGACACCUCUCUCCCGAGCCUCUCUAUCCCCCAUUCCUCCCUCACAUGGGCUUCGGACACGUCUCGGUGGUGGCUGAGGGUCGACAUUGA